CAUUUUACUUCUUUGACUAAGUGUACGAAAAAAAAUAAAAGGUGACUUUCCUUCCCGCCAAAAAUGACAAUUUAUUAAGACGGAAAUUUAGAGGUUGUUUUGUGAUUUGUAAACAAAUGGCAAAUUGUAAUAUAGUUUGGAGAAUUAUAUAUGUUUCAAACUAAUGAAUGAUAUCCAUACGUGGAAUUGUUCGAGCAUGUAGUUUAGUACCGAAAUUUUUGCAACCAGUGUUUAAUAGCACAAUAUUAAAACCUCAUAUAAACUCGUUCAACUGUUACGAUUCUUACAUUGGUUUUGUUAAUAAAAGGAAUAUGUCGCAGAAAAGCAUUUUAUCUUUUUUCAAGACCACACCCAAGAAACCUGCUGAAUUGAAUAAAGAACCGUCACUUCAGAAUGAUUCUGUAGCCAGCAAUGCAAGUGAGGAAUCUCCGGUGAAGAAUGAGAAGAGAUUAUCAAAACGACAAAGGCUGGAGAGCAGCGAUGAGGAGUCUGCUCCGGUGUCGCCUAAAACAAAUCCUGAAAAGAAGAAAGUCAAACGCCAAAGGAUUGAGAGCUCUGGCAGUGAGUCAGACAAGUCAGCUGAAGAUAUGGAAGUCGUGGUCAGAAAGGAUGUUGGUGCAGUUAAGACAUACAGCUCUCCUAGAAGCAAGAAGAAAGCUUUGGUUCAAGAAUCACCAAAAAGUAAAAUAAAAGUCAAGGAGGAGAAAACAACGCCGGAGCCCAAGGAAAAGAUGAGUCCAAAAACUGAGAAAAAGACACCAAGCCUUUUUCAGAAUGGUGUCACCAAGAAGAUUAAGGAGGCGCCAUCUAGCGUUAAACAGGAGAACUUGUCACCAAAGAGUGACAAGGAUAGCAAGACAGACGCGGAUAGCAAUACAGAUAAGGACAAGAGUAAAAAGGAUAGCAAACCAUUUUUAGAAAAGAAAGAUAAUGUCAUUGUGAAUGGAGCGAAAGUUGCAGAAACUGACUACAACCCAGCCAAACCUAAAUACCACCCGAUCGACGACGCCUGCUGGACCAAAGGCCAGGAGGUCCCGUACUUAGCUCUGGCCAAAACCCUAGAAGCUAUAGAAGAGACGUCGUCCAGACUGAAGAUUAUAGAGAUCCUGGCGAACUACCUGCGGUCCGUCAUAGUGCUGACGCCCGAGGACCUGCUGCCCAGCAUCUACAUGUGUCUCAACCAGCUCGCACCCGCACAUCACAGCUUGGAGUUAGGCAUAGCGGAGACGUACCUGAUGAAGGCCGUGGGGCAGUGCACGGGCCGCUCGCUGGCGCACACGCGCGCGGCGGCGCGGCGCUGCGGCGACCUGGGGCGGGCGGCCGAGAGCGCGCGCGCGCAGCAGCGCACCAUGGGCGCGGCCGCGCGCCUCUCCGCCAGGAAGGUGUUCGCCGCCUUCCGCGAGGUGGCGCGCAUGACCGGUCAAGCCUCCGUCAACAAGAAGAUAGCCAAGAUUCAAAGUCUCUACGUCGCCUGCCGGCAAUCUGAAGCUCGUUUCCUCAUCAGGUCUUUUGAGGGGAAACUCCGGAUAGGACUGGCUGAGCAGUCAGUACUCCAAGCUUUGGCAUUAGCCGUGGCUACCACGCCGCCUUGUAUCAACGGAGAGCAGAUCCUGGAUGCUUCUAAGGGGCUGAGUCAGGAAGAGUUUAAGAGCCGCGUGGACGAGCACGCGCUGCUCAUAAAGACGACGUACUGCGAGUGCCCCGACUACGAGCGCCUGCUGCCCGCUCUACUGCAGCAUGGAGUACACGCGCUCCCCACGCACUGCCGGCUGGAGCCCGGCACUCCGCUCAAGCCCAUGCUGGCGAGCCCCACCAGGGGGGUCGGGGAAAUUUUUGACAGGUUCGAAGGCGUGCAAUUCACAUGCGAGUGGAAGUACGACGGCGAGCGAGCGCAGAUACAUGUGCCCGGGGACGAGGCGCCAGAUCUCACUAAGGCUAAGAUCUUCAGCAGGAACCAGGAGGAUAACACCAGCAAAUACCCGGACGUGGUGCGCCGCCUGCCCGCGCUGCUGAAGGAGAGUGUGAGAAGCUGCGUGCUGGACUGCGAGGCCGUCGCCUACGACGUGGCCAACAAGCAGAUACUGCCCUUCCAGAUACUGUCGACGCGCAAGCGCAAGGACGCCCAGGAGUCGGAGAUCAAGGUGCAGGUGUGCGUGUUCGUGUUCGACCUGCUGCUGCUCAACGGGCGGCCGCUGGUGCGCCGCCCGCUGCUGCAGCGCCGCGCCCUGCUGCGGGAACACUUCCGCGAGGUGCCAGGUGAAUGGCAAUUCGCCACCAGCAAAGACUGCACCACCACCGAGGAAGUCCAACAGUUCCUGGAGGAGUCCGUCAAGGGCUCCUGCGAGGGCCUCAUGGUGAAGAUGCUGACAGGAGACAACGCCCGGUACGACAUCGCCAGGAGGUCCCACAACUGGUUGAAGCUGAAGAAGGACUACUUAGAGGGCGUCGGCGACAGUAUAGAUGCGGUGGUGCUGGGCGCGUACUGGGGCCGCGGGCGGCGCGCCGGCCGCUACGGCGGCUUCCUGCUGGCGUGCCGCGACUCCGGCGGGGACGAGUUCCAGGCGCUGUGCCGCCUCGGCACCGGCUUCAGCGACGAGGACCUGCGCCGGCUCACUGACUCGCUGAGUCAACAUGUUAUUGACGGCCCGAGGAACUAUUACAGAUACGAUCCGUCGUCGGCGCCCGACGUGUGGUUCGCGGCGCACGCGGUGUGGGAGCUGCGCUGCGCGGACCUGUCGCUGUCGCCCGCGCACCGCGCCGCUCAAGGGCUCGUGGCCGCCGAUAGAGGGAUCUCCUUGAGGUUCCCCAGAUUCGUCCGCGAGCGCGAAGACAAGACCCCCGAGCAGGCGACCACCGCGCAGCAGAUCGCGGACAUGUACCUCGCCCAGGACCAGGUGAGGAACCAGCAGACCAAGAAGGUCGACAAUGACGACUUCUAUUGAUCCGGAGGCACUGGAUGCCGGCGUCCACAUCAUUCUCCGGAGUAGAUAUGUUCGCGGACGUUGAAAAUAAGUGUCGGAUUGCAAACGGAUAAUUUUUAUAACGAUUCCCCGAAUAAAUAUUUAAUGAUAUGUGCCUUGAAAUAUAAAAACUGAGUUUUAGUCACUUGUGAUGUGAUGGAACAAUGUUCAAUCACUAAUCACUUCAUCAACAAUAAUAUAAAAAUCAAUUGAAAACUAAUUAAAAUAAAGUAAACGGUUAAAUUUAAUCCAAAAAAAGGAAAAUUUAAUAAUAAUUAACAAUUGGAAAAAAUGUGGAGCUCUUGCGUACUCACGACUCCAUCUCGUUCCCAUUGAUGUCGUAAAGCGACUAAAGGAUAGGCUUAUUAACUUGUCACUAUUUGAAUCUCAAUUCUAUCAUUGAGCCAAACAUGGCCUAUCAGUCUUUUCAAGACUGUUGGCUCGGUCUACCCCGCAAGGGAUAUAGACGUGAUUAAAUGUAUGUUUGUUGACGUCUGUUUUUGAAGUACUUCAAUUCCUAAUUUCAUAUAAAAUAUGGUCCAUAACGGCCACGGCUAAACUGCCGUGAAAUCUGAACAGACUUUCGCAUUCAGCCAGCUACUAAAUCAAAACUUUAAUGUUCCAAAUUAAAUGUCACUUCAACUAUUAUUUAAGCUUUUGUCUGUCCCAAAGGGACAUAAUUCCUUCUUAUUCCCGUGGGAAUGUAAGCGUGACAAACAUGUUGUGUCGUCAAUAAAACCACCUUUUACUCUUUAUAAUUUUAUUCCAAG